GACUAGAAAACCUAACAAAUUUUGUUCAAGUGUACUUAUCUUAAUCGAAUCGAACCGACGUAUCAAUUUGAAGCCAUUUUAAUUGAGCGUAGCAAUAUCUUGGAAUUUUAAUAUUGGGUAUGCUUUGUAUUCAAGCUCCCUCUUCGGACGAGCAUGAUGUUAUAUUGAACAUAAAAGUGAUGUUGAAAACUGAAAUUUAAAAUGGUCUAUGUGACCCAAACUGAGUGUAUGGGCGAAUCGAAGAAGUAAUCAAAACAACAGACAGAUUUGGUCGCUGACGACGGUGUUCCAUGCAAAAAUAAACCUGAAAGAAUGAAGAAUUCGGAUUCUAGUUGAAGGUUCAGAAUAUUCCAAGGAAUCAUUUACGAAUAAAAGCUUUGAGUUAUUACACUACUGGGAGAUAUACUGGAUUGUAUUGAAAGAAUAUGUCACAAGCAGUUGCAGAAAUGGACAACGGAAGUUGUAAGAACAUGGUGUCGAAUCUUCCUUUGCUUUUUGCUGGAGGCUACCCGACCUCUUUAGAAAAAAUAACUGAAGCGCAGUUAGAAAAAUUCAUUCCAUUCAUGGUACAAUGUUCACUGGGGUACAUCCAAAUUCCGACAUUGGAAGAAUAUAGUGAACCAGAAUGGUGGCCAGGGGAUCUCGAAUUUAUGAUACCUUUUAGUCGACCAAAAAUGUUUGUUGGGAAUUGGCUGGAGAAAAUGAGAGAAUUGGUAGUAAUUUGUUACUCCUUUCAUAAAUGUGUUUUUUUAUUGCGUUUUUGUACCGAUUUAGCGUCAUAUGAGCCUGCCACAUUAAGGUUCAUUAACAAUUACAACUCUACGACAUCUCUCUACCAACGACGAACCAACAAAUUGCUUGUAACAUUCAGAAACGAAAAUAUGCUGUAUGAUCAAGCACAACAGACUACUAGUCGGAAGUGCCUCCUACCUAAACAAGCUUGUUCUCAACAACCAGAAAUGCAAUUAGAGCAAAUGGUAGAACCAGCCUUUUUCGAUAUCUAUCUAUGCGACGAUUGUGAUGCAGAACUUUACUCGUACGAUGCAUAUGUGGAACAUGAGAAAAUGUGCCUCGCUCCCAAAACAAUUCUGGAAGAAAGUGAUGAUGAUGUCAUCUUUUGUGGCAGCGAAGUGCUACCGGCUCCAAUGGAAUUUGAAAACAAUUAUUGUAUCACAAGUGGGCAGAAUAUGUCAUCGUUUCUCUUAAAUUUUAAUUUGAUGAGUAGGAACAGCCCAUUUCCCGCGAAAGCGACCGGAAAUAAUGGCAAUAGCAAUUAUUCAAAUAAUCCGCACAUUAACAUAUUAGACGGUUCUUCCGAAAAGCUGAGACGUCUUCCCCGACGUACAAGAGGCGUGGUAACGUUGUCUAAAUGUACAUCAAUACCAUUGUCGUCUCCUUGUGGCCAAUUUCUAUUGAAAAGUAUUAAAUCGGUUAUGUCCGAAGAUUAUCAAAUGGAACGAUUGGAACGUUUGGAAAGAUUUUGUUUCGCACCACCUCUUACAAAAGAUGGUAUAAUUGUAUCAAAUCGGCCCAAGUGGAUGAGUAGGAGCAAACUAAAUACAAAUGUAAUGAUAUCAUUCAAGAGACCAACAGACGAACUAGAUCAUUAUCAUAGUUACAAGUUUCCUCGCCGUCAGUUGUCUAAUUUAUGCAAAAAACGUAAUUUCUUAUUCUACAACAAAUUACUUCUUAAUAGAUGCAAACCAUGUGCGAUUAAUUUAGAACGACUUACGGCACAACAAAUAGUUAAUCGAAACAUCGACAUCAGGCUAAAAAAGCUUAAUAUUACAAGAACGUCAUUUUCGAAAGGAAUCUUCAAACAAAAAUCCUCGGCGAGACAAUUUGUAGUGGACUGUAUAGACUUAUGCUCUUCUGACGAAGAAAAUACAGAAACAGAAUAUGGCCAUAACAGUGGUAAACCGAACUUAGAAAAUCAAACUCACACUGAUGUAGAUUACGUAGAUAAAACACAUCAACUAGAUAUGAACAUAGGAUGUCAGAAAGAAUUAACUUUUGAUACAAAUAGUACUACUGAUUUAAGAAUUGCUACUACUAUGAAUUCAUUCUCAUGUACAGUUGAGAAUAAAUCAGUGGAUAACAAUAUGAUUCAACAAACAGCACCGUUAUUGCAUCUGUUUUCCGGACUGAAAGAUGCAACCGCAUCAACGAUUUCGCCAACAUUCCUUUCACGAUCCGUUAACAUGAAUGCCUCGUCGAACUCAAUAGACAUGAUAGAAUCGAUAUAUGAAAGUAAUCACCCUAUAUUGUCCAACGAGGAAAGUCUGACGGAAGUGAAGGAGAAUCGUGUCAAUGAUUGGCUAAAUAACACUGCUAUCGCGACAGAAAACGUAAUACAUGUUCAACAAUCACAUUUACUUCUAACGUCAGCUGCCACUGUGGCAUCCAGAGCCCUGAGUCCUAGCUCGUUACAAAAUACGACAACCGAUGUAACUAGCAAUAAUGGCGUUGCUGCUACUAAAUCACUACCUUCGUUAAUGAAAUUGUCCAAAGGAUCAAAUUCAGUGGAUCCAGUUAUUAGGCAUCGGGUGGUAACUACAAUUGACAUCAAAUGAGCACACAUACUUGUUAUCCAUUAGCUAUACACGAUUAUGUUAUUUAUGUUAGCAGUUAUGCGUGCCAGUGAUAGAUUGAGGGAAAGCAAAUAAAAGGUCGUAUCUUCUAUACGGUUAAACUUGGAAUGGAUUUUAUUAGAUCAUUAUUUGACAGCUUGACAAUGUAAUGACAUUGUAUGAAACAAGGUUGUUCGCUGCAGGUGCGUGCUGCAGUCAACAAUUUAAACUUUGACAAAUCUGAGUUAGGUACUGAAAUAUCAUAUCUAAAAAUUAUGCCGUACGGUGUAGGAAGUAGACUUAUGUUUUCAAUUUUUUUAUUUGAAUACAUUGAUUUUGAUUGUGUAACGUCUAAUCAUAAGGAACGUUCUUUUAUAACUUGUGAAAGAGUUGAGCUAGUUGAUUUUUAUCAUUUAUAAUAAAUUAUAAAAUUCCAUUUCUCAUUACAAAAAA